UGGUUCAGAAGCCAAGUGUGGUGAUGUGCCCUUGUACAGCCCUGGCUAGACCACAACACACCAGCAGCAGCAGGCAGCCUUACAGACAGCAACCUCCACCAUGAACCACCUUCUGAAAGUUCCUCGUCUCGCUAGCCGAGCCUUCACCACGUCCAGCAGACACAUGAAGAACAAGGUUGCAGAAGCACAGAAGCUCUUUCAAGAAGACAAUGGUCUACCAGUUCACAUCAAAGGAGGAACCACUGACGUUCUUCUCUACCGAUUAACCAUGACCAUCACCAUCGCAGGAACAGGCUUUUCUCUCUACUGGCUGCUGGUAGCCUGCCAGCCCAAGGGUAAAGUGUGACCAGGAGAGGGAGGAGGAGGCUGGAGAGCUAGAUCACUCUGCUGCAUGCAAGGAACUGUUGUACAAAUCAAAUUCAAUUUCUUUUGCAGCCUCCUUAUGGCGUGAGACAUUGUAUGUACAGAAUAAAGCUCACUGUUGGAGCCUG